GCAGCGCAGCAAGUCACGGCCGCAAGUCGUGAGUCAAGAGUCGUGAGUCAUUCAAGAUUCAUCAAGAUUGGGUCAGAUCAUUUCGCGCCGAAGCGGUGGGCUGCUGCUGUGCGCGAGGCCGAGGCUCGGUGGAGGAUGUCCGUGCGCAGUGCGGUGCGUUCAGCCCACCCGCAAGCACACCAGCAGGCAUAUACGUAUAAAGCACGGCCUGCCUUCCAAGGCCACGCAGCUCUCCCUCCUCCCCAAACCCGGAUACCAUCCUGCAGCAACUCACACACCAAGACAUACGGUUCAACGCUCACUCGCACCACCGCAUUCAACACGAACAUCGAAUCAUCAUGUCGCUCGUAGGCCAAAAGAUUCCGGACACCGAGUUCUCCCACGUUCCUUGGAGCGACGAGCUCUCCAACGCCGCGGCUUGCGGUAUUCCGGAAAAGUACCGCACUACUCAAAAGUUUGCAGGAAAGAAGGUGGUCAUCGUUUCGGUGCCAGGUGCAUUCACGCCUACUUGUCAUGGCAACCACAUCCCAGGCUUUGUCAAGAAGGCCUCGGAGUUCAAGCAAAAGGGUUACGAAGUGAUCGUAUUGGCAAGCAAUGACCCCUUUACAAUGUCCGGCUGGCGCACUGCUCUGGGAGCCAAAGGAGAGCUGGAAUUCGCCUCGGACCUCAAUUUGGAAUUCAGCAAAGCACUCAACGCCACAGUCGACAUGACCAAAGCUGGCUUUGGAGUUCGUGGAGCUCGCUAUGCGCUGAUCGCCGAUGACAACGUGAUCAAGGCUUUCGAUAGCGAGGAGAGCCCUGGAAAUGUUGGUGUCAGCUCAGCUGAGGCCGUCUUCGGCAAGCUUUGAAGCAGCGCAAGAAGCGAGGGCGAAGGUAGUUUUGAUGGCUUGAUAGACGCGUGCGCUCGAGAAGGAACUUGAGCCUCAGCAGCGA